AUGAAGGUGACGGUGCGCGGGGUGUCGGGGGUGUUCCACACGCUUGACCUGAACCCCCAAACGGACGUGCGACUGCUGCGGCAGCGCCUGGAGGACAUCGAGGGGAUCGAGGCCAGCCGGAUACACCUGUGCUAUGCCGGGCAGACCCUGCAGGACGGCCGGGAGCUCCAGGCGUACGCCCUGGAGGAGUACAACCUCUCGGGAGAGUCGGUGAUUUACAUGCAGGUCGCGCUCGGGGAGCCGUUCCCGAUCUGCUUGGGCUCCUACGCGUCCCUGUCGUCGCGUAUCACAGAGUUCGUCGAAGUUACCGCCACGGUCGCGGACGUCGUCGACCUCCUGCACGACCACCAGAUCGCGCUGGGAAUGGACCCGAGCCACAUGAUCGUGGUGUGCAAGCGCACGUCGGGGACGACGAUCACGGACGUGAACUUUAGCGUCACGAGCACCAUCGAACAGAUGGUGCGCGAGGUCAGCGCGGCCGAGGGCGUGCGCGUGAAGCACUUGACGUUCAUCGCGGCGCAGGACGGCAACGUGCACGUGUACUGCGACUACACCAAGGACAGGGACGAGCACACAAUCCUCUUCCCACGGCCCGUGGAGCCCUUUGUCAUGGAGCCGAAGAAGGGGAUGUUGACGGCGGUGAUGAAUAAGGAGAGCCGGAUGGUGACGCUGGAGCACUUGAAGCACCAAGUGUGCCUCCAGGAGCUCCGGCACCCGCCGAACUUCAUCAAGAAGGAGAACUCCAUGGACCUGAGGUGA